AUGAAGAAAAACGUCACCGGGUUUGCCCAUUUCUUUAGGGACGAUGGCGGUGUGCUAAGCGCAAGGAACGGGCACUUGCCUGGUUUCAACACGCUUGCCAACUCCUCGAUGCACCCGCUUCUGCCUGCCGCGCUCCCUUCCGUGUGCCUGCACUCCCUUCCGCGUGCCUGCACUCCCUUUCGUGUGCCUGCACUCCUUUUCGCCCCACUCAUCGCAUCCCCUUCCGCCAUCGCCCUCCCUUCCGCCCGUCGCACUCCCUUGUGCUCGUCGCAUCCCCUUCCGCCCAUCUCACUCACUUCCGCCCGUCCCACUCCCUCAGCCCGUCGCAUUGCCUUUCGCCCGUCGCCCUCCCUUCCGCCUGUCGCCCCCCCUUCCGCCCGUCACCCUCCCUUUGUCUCGUCGCCCUCGCUUCCUCCCAUUGCCCUCUCGACCGCCCGCCACCCUACCUUCCCCUCGUCACGCUCCCUUCCGCCCCUUGCCCCCCUUUGUCUCGCCGCGCUCCCUGCUGCUCGUCGCCCUCCCUCCCGCUCAUCCCCUCUCAAUCCCCGUAUCUCUCUCCCCUCGUCGCCCUGGCAUUCUCGACACUGUCACCAUCCCUCCCUUCUCCCUUUCCAACUCGCACACUUGUCACGCCCCCUUUCCAACCCGCACACACCCUUCCCUUCCCCUUCUCUGCUUCCCCCUAUCCCCUUCCCUGCUUCCCCCCAUCCCCUUCCCUGCUUCCCCCCAUCCCCUUCCCUGCUUCCCCACAUCCCCUUCCCUGCUUCCCCCCAUCCCCUUCCCUACUUCCCCCCAUCCCCUUUCUUGCUUCCCCCCAUCCCCUUCCCUGCUUCCCCCCAUCCCCUUCCUUGCUUCCCCCCAACCCCUUCCCUGCUUCCCCCUAUCCCCUUCCCUGAUUUCCCCCACCCCCUUCUCUACUUCCCCCCAUCCCCUUCUCUGCUUCCCCCCAUCCCCUUCCCUGCUUCCCCCCAUCCCCUUCCUUGCUUCCCCCCAACCCCUUUCCUGCUUCCCCCCAUCCCCUUCCCUGAUUUUCCCCAUCCCCUUCUCUGCUUCCCCCCAUCCCCUUCUCUGCUUCCCCCCAUCCCCUUCCCUGAUUUCCCCCAUCCCCUUCUCUGCUUCCUCUCAACUUCUUCCCGACUUCCCCUCAUCCCCUUCCCUGCUUCCUCUCAUCCCCUUCCCUGCUUCCCCCCAUCCCCUUCCCUGCUUCUCCCCAUCCCCUUGUUUGCUUCCCCCCAUCCCCUUCUUUGCUUCCCCCCAUCCCCUUCCACGCUUCUCUGCUACCCCUGCCCUGCUUCCCGAGUGCGUUUUUCUGCUCGCCACGAGCUGCGCUUUUCAUCGUGCGUGACUCUCGCGUGCGACUACCGUCACCUGAGACCCCGUCAUGUGAGGUUCGCCGACCCCGUCACUGGACUGCGUGCUGUACACCCCACGGUCGCCACGGCCACCGAGGCUGUAAAGAGCGAGACCACUGCAGGAAGCGGGAACCAGAGCAUGCAGGCGGGCGUGGGCGUGGGCGUGGGGGUGGGGGUUCGAAGCACCACAGGCGGGGCGGUGGAGGCGAGAGUCCACGUGGCAACGGUGAUCGCGGUGCCGGGUGUGAGCGUCCCCGUCAGCUUCGACGCCCUCCGCUGCUUCAGCCUUCCCCGGGCGGCGCGCAAGGCGGCGGGUGACGUGCAGGUGUGGUGGCACGGGCUCACGGGCGGCGGCAAGGGCGGCAGCAGGGGUGGCAGCAAGGGAGGGGGUGCGGCAUGCAAGCAACUCAAGUUUUUUGCCAACCCGGCCUGCAAGGGCAAGGCGCUGGAUGAGGUGCUGCAGCCGCAGUUUGCUGCUCUGAGGAGAUUCUUCCACGUGCCCAGCGCAAAGAAGAUUCCCGGAUGGACUUCCGUCUCCUGCAAGUGUGAAAUCACCUGCCAGCACGCCACGUGUCCAGCCAACUCCACGUGCAUGCCAACGACGGACAGCAAGGCCGUCACCUGUGCAUGCAACCCCGGCUUUGCCGCCGUCAAUGGCACCUGCCAAGACUUGUGUGCUGCGGUGAAGUGUGGGCCUGGCGGCAACUGCACGAAGGAUGCGAAUGGGAAGCCAUCCUGUAGUUGCAACACAGGCUUUAAGCCGUCGAAUGACUCCCUUUCCUGCAUCGACUUGUGUGACGCGGUGAAGUGUGGCCCUGGAGGCAACUGCACGAAGGAUGCGAACGGGAAACCACUCUGUGCAUGCAACACGGGCUUUAAGCCGUCAAAUGACUCGCUCUCUUGCAUCGACAACUGUGCUGCAGUGGAUUGCGGGGCCAAUGGCAAGUGCGUGAGGAAGGGGAACGGCGAACCCACCUGCGAGUGCGACGCGGGCUUCGGGAUGCCUCCGGACAAACUGCUUUGCGUCGACACGGCUUGCGCCGCAUUGGGUUGCGAACCGGAUGGGGUUUGCGUGAAAAGCGCCGAUGGAAUUCGCUCCUGCAAAUGGAACUCUCCCUGCGGCUCCUGCCCCACUGGAGCCACCUGCAAGACCGUCCCUACAACAACAUCUAGUAUUUUGCAGGCAGAUGUGCCGUACUGCCAGUGCCCUCCGGGCUAUGGGCUGACCGCAACAGGGUGCAUCCAGAGUUCACCUGACCAAGUGUCUGCCAGCAGUAUGACUUUCGUCGCAGAUCCCAACGCCAAAGGCAACGCAUCGAAGCCCUAUACCAUCCGCUUGAAUCAACCCGGCUGCACUCCAAUCCCGAAGGAGGUUGCCGGGAUAUACUCUUUCAUGUAUUCACUGGAUCACAUUAACGGUGUUCCGGGUUGUUUCUACGUCACGUUUUUCACUGACGAUAACUGCUCCCCUUCGAGCCGAACUUUGUCGCGCACAAUGGGUGGUCCUCCGACGGUUGCGAUGGCGAGAACGCGGGGAUUGCCCGAUGGAACCCGCUCUGUUGGGUGCUAUUAUGAUACCUGA